UUGUAAUAAAUAAUGCAGGUGUGUGAUAAGAACUAUUGAUUCUGAACUUGUAUAUUACUGGAUCUGAGGUUCAUUAUUAAAUUUCUUCUUGAGCCUUGAGUUGAGUCUAUAGUUAUUAGGUUUAUUUUCCCAAUUUUCUUGGCAGAUGGCGUGUUUUGAAGAGAAUGAUAAUGAUUUUUUCAUGGAGCAUCAUGAAUUGAGUCCUCGAAUAGGUCCUGACCAUCAGGUGGAAAUUCCUUCCAUGAUUGAGAAUUCAAACCAGCUUUCCGAUUCAGAAUAUGUGCAUGAUAAAUCAGUUUCCGAUGCUUUUGGCUUGCGCGUCUCAGUCUCGUGGAGUGACACUGAUACAAAAAGUUUAGUACUUGGUCUGUUCGUUUUUGGGAAGAAUUUUAUUCAGAUUAAAAGAUUUUUAGAGAACAAAGGGAUGGGAGAAAUACUUUCAUUUUACUAUGGAAAGUUUUACAAAACGGAUGGAUAUCGUAGAUGGUCGGAGUGCAGGAAGUUAAAAGGGAGAAAAUGUAUAAUUGGGAAGAAACUUUUUAGUGAACCAAAACAACGUGAACUUCUGUCUCGCUUGAUUCCUCAUGUCUCUGAAGAAUACCAAGAUACUUUGUUACAGGUUUCUAAGUCAUAUAUGGAGGGCAGAAUUUCGUUAGAAGAAUACAUAUCUUCUUUGAAGUCUACUGUUGGACUUGGCGUUCUUGUGGAUGCAGUAGGUAUCGGUAAUGUGAAGGGAGACCUUACUAGGUUUCGAUUGAAACAUGGGAAGAACAAUCAAGCGCAAACUUGCAAAGAGUUGUCUUCUCUUGGACCCAGUGAUAUUAUACAAUCUUUGAAAGGAGGAUUUCGGUUGAGCAAAACCAAGAGUAAUGAACUCUUUUGGGAAGCUAUUUGGCCCCGCUUACUUGCAAGAGGUUGGCACUCUGAGCAACCAAAAAAUAGAAGCUAUGUUACCUCCAAAGAUUAUCUGGUUUUUCUUAUUCCCGGUGUUGACAAGUUUUCAAGGAGAAAACUUGUGAAAGGUGUUCAUUACUUUGAUUCUGUUAGUGAUGUCUUGAGCAAAGUAGUAGCUGAACCGAAUAUUCUCGUGCUCAAAGAAGAAGAGGAAGAAGCUAAAGUUGGUAGCUGCAGUGAGGAAGAUAUAGAAAAGGGAUCAAAUGAAGAUGAUUUAUCUGACGAUCAUCGUCAAUGUUACCUCAAGCCCCGAUCUUCUACCUACAGUAAAGAUCAUAUCAAAUCCAUGUUUAUUGAUACCAGUUUGGUGCAUGGGAAAAAGCCAUCUGGUUUAAGGGAAUUGAACUCUGUACCUGAUAACUCAUUGUGUAAAGUUGAGGUAGAUGCCGCUGGUAAAAAAUUUAAAGGGCAAAAAUAUACGAGGAAAGUGAAACAUGGCAAGGAUAUGUCUAAAAGAAUUAAACAGAAUUCGACAAAGCUGACAGUUAUUGAUACUAAUAGACUUCCUAAAGGAAAACUAUUGAAGCUGAAAGUUAAACAGCUGAAACAUCCACCAGUUGAAAUAGAAGAUUCGUCUAUGAUGACUACUAGUCUUCUGAGAGAAAGUAAAAGUGGUUCUUCAACAGAUGUUUCACCAAAGAUAGUGGACACAGAUAGUAGCAGAGGUGAAUUCAACAGUGGUGCUACCAGUAAGAAUGAAGAAUAUGAUAAUCCUGAUAAUGAUGCAAACAAGGUGGUCAUAAGACAGAAAAAUCAACACGUGUUUCUGUUUGAUGAUAAUGGAAUGAAGAGGAUCAUAAAGAAUCAAUUUAAUCGAAGGGUACGAUCAGGUGAUUCUAAUCAUGUAGCUGUUCCUAUCAAAAGGAGGAGAUUGUCUGCUUGUGUCAAGGCAGAGAAAAGCCGCAUCAAUGAGAAUUCAUCAGAAAAACUAGGAUUCUUUCAGUCUUCUAGCCUUUGCAAAGCCAACAAAAAUGUUUGUGAUCCAGUUAGUCAUCUGCAUAAUGGAAGUAAAACUGGUUCUUUUACAGACAGAAGUUUGAAAGAGAAUAAUGAGAAGAACAUUCUCAGCGACAGCUAUCAACGCACGAGUGUUUCAUGUGAAUCUUUCCCCUUCAACAUUUUGCAGGCUCCACUCAAGUCUGAAAACAGCAUAAUGAUGACAAAGGCGGAGGAAGGUAAGCAUGGCCUAAAGGAAAAAGAUACAUGCCUAACAUCUGCUACUCAGGAAGUGGUUGAGGAGCCUCUGAGAACCAUUUGUGAUGUUGGUUCUUUGGAACAACAGACUGAUAUAAAUCCGAGAAGACAGAGCACUAGAAACAGGCCAAUGACAGUUAGAGCAUUGGAAUGUAUAGCAAAUGAGUUCUUGCAUGUGCAAAAGAAACAAAAAAAGAAAGACUUCCAGACACACAGAGAUCCUUUCAAUCCUUGCCGCGAGGCUCGUACAAGUGGCAAAACAAUGUUGUGCCGUCAUUGUCCAGAUCAUGGGAAUACAGUUUCAGUACAAGAAGAAAAGCAUUUGAUUGAAGAGUCGAGUGUUAGCUAAAUAUUCCACAGAUGUGUAAACUUUUAUUUUUUAAAGAUUAUAGAUAUAGAUAAGUUACUAUACAAAUAUGGAUUUUUCAAAAAAAAAAUAAAAUCUGAAGUAGCUAGGGUGAGAGAUGUUUUGAAGCAGUGAUAUACACUCAACCAUGAUACUAUAUCAGUGGAAAAGCUAGCAAAGCUACUAAGAGAAUGAUAAAUUUGAGUGUCUUUAGCCGAAUAAUUUUUUGUAUUACUUAUUUUAGAGGGUAAUUCAAAUUUUUCUAUGUAAUUUUCUUUGUUUUGACAAUAAA